AUGACGCCCCUCCACCGCCACCCCGUCUCGCGCCUCGCACUCCUCGCCUUCACUGGCCUGCUCGCCGUCCAUGCCGCGGACGACGACAAGCCGUUCGACUGCCACGUGAAGAUAGGAGAGUCCCAGUUUGACCUGACGAAAGUCGCGGGCGAGCACUCGGUAUCUCGCAAGCUCGACCUCCCCCCGUCCACCAUCACCGACAGGCUCACUUUCAACCUCUGCAAAGACCUGGUUCCCGCGGACAAAACGCCCGCAGAUGAGAAGUGCGGAGCGAACGCGCGGGCGUGUCUCGUGCGCGAGACGUCGCGGAGCGGCGGGAGCUCCAGCGUCCUGUCUGUCAUCCAGGUCGCCAACUCUUCCUCCACCACCGUCACUUCGAAGAUACUGUCGUCACCGAAGGGUGUCGAACUCUCGUUUGGCGGUGCCCCAUAUCCCCCUGUCCACGGCGGCGAUCUCAUACCACAAAGUUUUCACGUCAAGCUGCUCUGUGACCCCGAACAGAGCGAGCCGAAGUUCACAUCAUACGACGGCAAGGACCUGUCCAUCGAAUGGAGCGCGCCCGCCGGCUGCUCCUACACCUCCGCACCAGACGACGACUCCAAACCAUCCGACGGGGGUUCGGAGCCGAGUCCUGAGCGUGUAGGGUCGGGGCUCGGGUACUUCUUCCUGCUGUUCUUCCUCGCGUUCGCCGUGUACUUUGCCCUCGGAGCGUACUACAACUACUCAACAUACGGCGCGACAGGCUUGGACCUCAUCCCACACCGCGAUUUCUGGCGCGAGGUGCCGUACAUGCUGCGCGACCUUGUCGCGCACCUGUGCUCCGCCGUCCGCCCAAGACACAGCGCGAACCGCGGGGGGUACAUGGCCGUAUGA